GCUGCUGUACUCUGUGUAGUUAAAACAAAUAAAAAUAAGAAGCCAUUUCACGUGAAAUAUUACACCAGUGUUGGCGUUUACGGGCGUAACCGCAGGAGAAAGUCAGCUCUGAAAUCGGACAGGACUCUUUCCUUUUUCCAGCACCGAAAAAUUCGUCUCCAAACUCCCCGCAGACACCGGGAGAUCUGUGCGUGUGUGCAGCGAGUCCCGGUCAACGCAAACGGAGAGACACGAGAGUGGGAGACCAACAGCGUCCAGGAGAACAACUCUCUACUCAGCCUCUGUAGCUGUUUUAUUCUCCUCCAUCUGCGUAAACUUCCCCUCCCCAUAUUUCUUUUUCUUUUCUUUUCUUUUCUUCUCUUCUCUGCACGGUGGAUAUGAGACUUCAGGAUGUGAGCGCAACCUCGCUUUACUGAUGGGAUAUUUAAGUGUCACUGUGAAAGCAGCUACCGCGGACGAUGCGCACACUUGACCUAUAGGAGACAAAAAGAACACCUGAACAAGGAUCUGUAAUGACUUUUUUUGCUGUUUAAAUUUGGCAUUUUUUCUACUAUUUUUGUGUGUUUUUUUAAAAAUCUAUUUUUACAGACUCAAAGGAGAAACUUCUGCCCCAGCGCAGUUCAGAGGUCACAAUCAGCGGACCGAAGAGGAGGAGGAGGAGGAAGAGAGAGAGGGGGAAACUAUAUUUUUUUUACUGGCGAACAUUUUUUUUUGGUCAAAGUAAAUUGUUUUAAUGCGUGGACUGACGUGCAGCUGAAGGAAUGAGCUCCGUCUCUGCUGUGUCUUCCCUCCUCUGGUUGAGUGGACGCCAGGACAGAGCAGCUGGGGUGUCCCGUCCACAGGAGGAGGAGGAGGGAGCCCGUCACUGAUGCACACUUGUUUCUUUUGUGCGCACAAACAAAAUCUAGUUCGAGAUAAACCAGCCUCAAAAUCAGUCUGAGCUAUUAUUUUUUUUUUUAUUAUUAUAUUUAAUUCAUCGAAUUAUCUAAUUGAUACAUUCGAAGUGGGGACCAUAACGGAGGUCACGCUCUGCCGCGUGAAGCGCGGGAGCCCUGUGGUAUUUUUCAUAUCGUAGAGUUCUUCGGCCUCACUUUACUCAUGGAGAUUCACUGUAAACACGACCCGUUUGCGGCAAUGCACAGACAUGGCGGCGUGAACCAGCUCGGAGGUGUGUUUGUAAAUGGCAGGCCCCUCCCUGACGUAGUGCGACAGCGCAUAGUAGAGCUAGCCCACCAAGGGGUUCGGCCCUGUGACAUCUCACGCCAGCUACGAGUCAGUCAUGGAUGUGUCAGCAAGAUACUGGGCAGGUACUAUGAAACGGGCAGUAUCCGCCCCGGGGUAAUCGGGGGAUCCAAACCAAAGGUUGCUACACCCAAAGUGGUCGACAAGAUCGCCGAUUACAAACGCCAAAACCCCACCAUGUUUGCCUGGGAGAUCCGGGACAGGCUCUUGGCCGAGAGAGUGUGUGACAAUGACAGCGUCCCCAGUGUCAGCUCCAUCAACAGGAUCAUUCGGACUAAGGUUCAGCAGCCGGGCCAAACGGGCUCAGUGUCGGCUCACAGUUUAGCGACGUCCGUGGCUGCCACACAGGUCUCAGCAGUGACCAACGACUCGGCUGGUUCCUCGUACUCUAUCAGCGGCAUUCUGGGUAUUAGCUCAGCCGCUGAUGUAGGCAAGAGGAAGAGGGACGAAGGUAUGCCAGAGUCACCACUGGCCAAUGGGCAUGGCCACAGUGGGCGGGACUUCCUCAGGAAGCAGAUGAGAGGAGAGCUGUUCUCACCGCAGCAGAUCGAGGUAUUGGACCGCCUGUUUGACAGACAACCAUCCUGUCCAAUCCAGUCCAGCUCUGACCUCUAUGUGAGCCCUGACUCUGGCAAGACGUCAGAUUAUUCAGCCAUGGCCUCACUAGCAGGUGGACUGGACGAGAUGAAGAACAGUUUGGCCAAUCCUGGUUCAGGGGCAGAGUUAGGAGCCAGUGUUUCUGGUCCACAGUCCUAUUCACUUGUGCCAGGUCGAGACAUUGCCAGCACCACUCUACCAGGCUACCCUCCACAUGUUCCUCCCACUGGACAGGGCAGCUACUCCACGCCGUCUCUCACUGGCAUGGUACCUGGUGGAGAUUUUUCUGGAAGUCCAUAUUCCCAUCCUCAGUAUUCCACAUACAAUGAAUCAUGGAGAUUUCCUAACCCCAGUUUAUUAGUCUUUCAACAAGAUUAUGGGUCUCUCCUGGGGACGGAAAUCGGCUGCUCCUCCAGUCUCUUCACCAGCCAGGCGGGACAGAUGCAAGGGUCGCCGUACUACUACAGCGCGACAUCGCGAGGAACAGGCCCAGCAGCCACUGCAACAGCCUCGGCCUACGACCGACACUGACCCGUCCUACUGAGAAAACAGGAGGAUGUGGAGAAGUAAAGGGAGGGGGGGAUGGAGGGAUGGAUAGCACCAUCAUCACUCAGUACAAUGCAGCCCGACACACACACCCACACACACACACACAUUUUUAAACAUCAGUGAAAUUUGAAAUUUCUUUGAAGGUCACACCAACAAAAGCUGAGCUGCACCGUAUUAUCAUCAAAUACUGUCAUUAUCAAAGGCGUAACAGUAGUUCAAUUGAUACUGGACCAAUCGAAGAUCUCCCUAAUAUAUCAAGACCUAAACUAAUCCUAUAGAUUAUUUGGACUAUGUGUACAGCAGUAACUGUAUGUGUUGUGAUCUUCUGGGUAAAACGUUUGAGUUCAAACAGCCAUUUCAUGAUCUGACAACAACCAAUCAAUUUUGUAUGCCUUGCCCCACUGAAGUAAAGACAAUCCAACUCAUCCAAAUAUCAUUGCCGUAGAUUUCCCAUGGGAUCACAAUGCUUGAUAACUGGGAAACCACACUUGUGUUUGUCAAGUCCUGCCCCGUCGUCGAGAGCUUUCUGCUCUCAUGCAUCAAUCACAUACAUUUAAUGACAAAUUAAACAAUUUGCUGUAUAAUUUCUGCCAGCGAAUGAAGCCGAGACGGUUCAUUUACUUCCCUCGGGAAGUGAAUGGGAUUCUAAACGUUUUUUUUAAUGUAAACCCCCUAAAUAUGUUGUAGCUCGUUAAUUGUGUGGUCCAAACUAUAUUACACUUUUUUAGUUUUGGACUCACAAGACGGAUCACUCUUACUACAGUCCCAUGCACACUGCUUUCUCAUGUGGAGAAGCCCAAAGCCUGCCGGAUCUGCCGUGCAUCGUUCCACUAAACAAACGGUCAUUUCAGCAAAUUUCAUCAGAUCCCAAUGUGUCUAACAGAGGACACAAUCUUCUCAAAUUCUCAUUCAAAGUGGUUUAUACUGUGGAAAACACUUACUGACAGGUCUUUCUGUAAAGCGUAGUGAUCUGAGCCCGCCCCCGUAGGAAAUCAUGUUCACAUCAGACCAAAACCCAAUUAAGCAGGGAGUCAUGUUGUACAGGACGGUGCUAUCCUCCCUCCCCUGCCAAGAUUGACUCCUGAUCAAGAGCUAUUUAUAAUAGAGGAGACACAGAGUAAUAUAUUAAGAAGCUUUUCUGCGCUGCAUUCCGUGAUGAGAGUGAAUGCCUAUAAUGAUUUACAGUAUACUAUGUGUCAUGCUGUUGUGCUAGAAUAGUGAUGAUGGAUGAUGAUGAUGCUGAUGAUGAUGAUGCAGUGAAAAAUAUAAAAA